CAUUCAACUCCAUAGUUCAUUCUGCGACGAUCCGGCGCGCGCGUACCAUGGCGCGUGUUGUCGCGCUACUUCUCUUGUACAUGAGCGUCGCGUGCGCAGAAAUAUUGACACCCCCGUACUUUAACUUAGCGCUUGGAAAGAAGAUCACUGCUUCAGCGACUUGUGGUGAUGAAGGAUCCGAAUUGUACUGUAAAUUGGUUGGUGCCAAUGUGGACCACGAUGAAACUGUGAUUCAAGGACAGGUAUGCGACGUCUGCGAUGCGACGAAUGAAGCGAAGAGACAUCCGCCGGAGUACGCCGUGGAUGGGAUGGAAACCUGGUGGCAGAGCCCUCCUCUAUCACGAGGAAUGAAGUAUAAUGAAGUCAAUCUUACCAUAGAUCUCGGUCAGGAAUUUCACGUGGCAUAUGUCUUCGUCCGAAUGGGCAAUUCCCCAAGACCAGGGCUUUGGGCUUUGGAGAAAUCUACUGACUACGGAAAGACGUUCAAGCCGUGGCAAUAUUUUUCCGACUCUCCACAGGAUUGCGUAAGAUAUUUCGGACGGGAGAGUCUGCAACCCAUAACAAAAGAUGAUUCGGUAAUUUGCAGUACGGAAUACUCUAAAAUUGUUCCUCUUGAAGGUGGAGAAAUACCAAUUUCGCUGCUAAAUUCUCGGCCGUCAGCAAACAAAUAUUUCAACUCUUCUGUGCUACAAGAGUGGACGCGAGCGACCAACGUGAGAUUACGUUUAUUGAGAACCAAAAACUUGCUUGGUCACCUUAUGUCGGUAGCAAGACAGGACCCUACGGUUACCAGAAGAUACUUCUACAGUAUUAAGGAUAUCAGUAUUGGAGGGCGAUGCAUGUGCAACGGCCACGCCGACACUUGCGACCCGGCCGAGCCCGAGAGUGACAGCAGUAUUCUUGUAUGCCGAUGCCAACACAAUACCUGCGGUCCGCAAUGUACUGCCUGCUGUCCAGGUUUCGAACAGAAGAAAUGGAGAAUAUCGCAAAAUUGGGACAGAUUCGCUUGUGAACCUUGUAACUGUCACAAUCACACCACUGAGUGCGAGUUCGAUGCAAGUAUUGACGAGAAACGCUUAUCACUCGAUAUACAUGGACGAUAUGAAGGCGGUGGCGUAUGUAAGAACUGCCAACACAACACAGAAGGAAUAAACUGUAACAAGUGCAAACCAACAUACUACCGCCCCUACGGUAAACGCUGGGAUGAACUGGAUGUAUGCCAACCUUGUAACUGUGACUUACACUAUUCGACCGGUAACUGUCAAGAGGAAACCGGGAGGUGUGAGUGCCGAAGGGAAUUCAAUCCACCAAACUGUGAUUCUUGUGCGUAUGGAUACUUUGACUAUCCCGAUUGCAAGCCUUGUACAUGUAAUCUUAAUGGCACAGAAGGACAACACUGCACACCUACUGACGGAAUGUGUCCUUGCAAAUAUAACUACGCGGGAUUUUCGUGUGAAAUGUGUGCAGAUGGUUAUUAUUCACCGGAAUGUAAAAAUUGUGAAUGUCAUUCAGUUGGGUCUGUAUCGCACGUGUGUGACAAGGAAAGCGGUAACUGCACUUGCAAGAGCAAAUACACUGGCAGAACUUGCAAUCAGUGCGAGGCUGGAUACUUCAACUACCCAACAUGCAAACAUUGCAACUGUGACACCAGUGGUACAGAACCUAUCAUUUGUGACGACACCACAGGACAGUGUAUUUGUAAACCAGGUUUCGGUGGUACUCGCUGUGAUCAAUGUUUGUCAGGAUAUUACAUGGAGGUUCGAGGGCGUGAACGUUCCUGUGUCCCUUGCGAUUGUUCGCCAACCGGUUCUACCUCAACCAGUUGUUCAGUUGAUGGGAAAUGCAAUUGUUUAAGUAAUUUUGGUGGCAAGCAGUGUGACCAAUGCUCCCCAGGAUAUUUCAAGUUCCCUGAAUGUUUACCAUGCAACUGUGAUGAGUCAGGCGCAAUUGGCUCAACAUGUGAUGACAACGGGCAGUGCCACUGUAAAUCCAACUUUGACGGCAUUAAGUGCGAUAAAUGCAAGGAGCAGUUUUACAACUAUCCUGCCUGUGAAGAGUGUAACUGUGACCCGCGAGGAGUCAUUGCGUCUUUUGCCGGUUGUGGUUCAGUACCAGCAGGAGAGCUGUGUCAAUGUAAAGACCGAGUGCAGGGCCGAAUCUGUAACGACUGUAGACCUCUAUUUUGGAAUUUACAAGAAUACAAUCCUCUUGGAUGUGAAGAAUGUAGCUGCCACAUAGCAGGCACGCUUGGAGGUCUCGGCGCAUGCAACACCCGCAGUGGGCAAUGUAUGUGCAAAUUACACGUAGGCGAAAGGAAAUGCGAGCAAUGUCAGGACGGUUUCUAUAAAUUAGAAAAUCACAACAUGUUCGGAUGCACAGCAUGUGACUGUGAUGUUGGUGGUUCAAUCGACAACAACUGUGAGAAGACCACCGGGCAAUGUCGUUGCCACUCACGUGUGGAGGGCCGACGCUGCGACCGACCCAUCCGCGCGCAUUACUUCCCCACACUACAUCAGUUCCAAUAUGAAGCUGAAGAAGGCCUCACCCAAUCUGGUCCUGUUAGGUACAGAAACUCGGAAGACGUAUUUCCGGGCUACUCUUGGAAAGGAUAUGUAGUGUUUUCGAUGUUACAGAACGAAGUCAUCAACGUAGUGCACAUCAGCAAGUCGUCGCUAUACCGCAUGGUAUUAAAGUACGCCAAUCCUCUUAAAGAUCCCGUUACUGCCAGCAUUAUUAUUACACCAGAGAGCGUCAUUGAUACAAAACAGAGCUUCAAUGUUCAUUUGAGGCCGACUCAUCAACCGCAACUUGUCACCGUCUUAGUAGAGAAAGGAAACGCACCGGCGCCUUUUGUUAUGAACGCAGGCAAUUGGACCGUUACAGUAAAAACCACCAAAGAAAUUAUGAUAGAUUAUUUUGUUUUGAUACCGGAAGCAUACUAUGAGGCCACAGUUCUGACAAAGCUAGUAGAUACGCCAUGUAUUAUCGGUGAAAACAAAUUGUGCAGACAUUUUGCCUAUCCUAAUUUAGCUGGACGUCCUAAGGCUACUGUUUCAGACAUGGUAGUAAACGUCACAUCAUUUAUUGAUGAUCCCGAGCAAUUACAAGAGUACAAUGCACAACCGAAUGAAAUACCGAUUAUUAACAACGUCCAAAAUGAACUUCAUUACAACAUGAAGAUAGAUCCAAGUGGGCCUUAUAUAUUGAUUAUAGAAUAUGUUACUCCUAUCAAUAGAACAGCUCUGACAAUCAGCCAGUCUAAUUCUACAGAACAUUACGAAUUGUCACCUAGAGGAGUAGUCACAGUGAGAUUCCAGUCGGGAGAUGGACCAGAAUCAAAUGCUUUAGCAAAUUUAAACGAUUGCCCAUAUACAACUCCUUGUAGACAAGUUGUUGUAGACGAUUUGUCUAAAAUUUACUCAUUUAAUAUUCAAGAACCCAACAACGUUGUAUAUUUGGAUGGUGAUACUGGUACUCUCGCUGGAAUCAAAUCAAUAAUAGCGAUUCCAGAAUCAGAAUGGCAUCUUGACUACAUUAUCCCGCGACCGUACUGCCUUCGACACGAUGGUCGCUGCAGUCCCGCUGUCUUCUCCACUGCAGUUGACUCCAAAAAGGUUGAAAUAGAAACAGGCACAGGAGGGGACAGAGCUCUUAGACCACCAAUACUAGAUAACUCUACAAUAGUAGUGUACAUUGCACCUGGAUCAGACUCUGUGAAAAUAGAAUCAAAAGUGCCAUCUCCUGGAGAUUACAUGUUCGUAGUACAUUAUUAUCAACCGGACCAUCCAGAAAGUAAUAUGAAAAUAAAUCUUACCGCUGACGGCCAACAAUACCAGGCUUCUAUACUUGUGGAGCAUUGCCCUUCCAAUUCUGGAUGUAGAGCCCUGAUUAAGCAAACUGAGGGAAAUACACAAUUCAGUAUUUCAGAGAACUUCACAAUCGAAUUCAAGGGUGGCAAUAGCAAAGAAGUAUGGCUGGAUUACGUUCUCGUCAUUGCAAACCCAGAUUUUAUAGACUCAGUACUUAAAGAAGCUAAUAUGAUUGAUUAUACUCGGGAGUUUAUAGAAAAAUGUGCCAUGAACCAUUACUACAUAGCUUCUAACGAAACAGGAUUUUGCCGCGACGCCAUGUUUUCGAUAACAGCGGAAUACAACAGUGGGGCCCUGAGUUGCUUUUGUGACUUCUUGGGGUCCACGGAACUGGAAUGUAACACCUUCGGAGGCCAAUGUCCGUGCAAGGACAAUGUGGUCGGCAGAACUUGUAGCGCUUGUAGAACAGGCUAUUAUGGGUUCCCCAACUGCAGACCGUGCCAUUGCCCUUCGACGGCCAUUUGUGACGAGAACGGUGAAUGUAUCUGCCCAAAGAAUGUAGAAGGCGAAAAUUGUGACCGUUGCAAACCUUAUACUUUCAACUUUGACGUACAGCGUGGUUGCGAUGACUGUAAUUGUAAUCCUUUGGGAAUAGUUGACAACCAGUUGCAAUGUGAAGCUGAUAGUGGAAACUGCGAGUGUAAAGAAAAUGUAAUCGGACGGGUUUGCGAUCACUGCGUUCCAGGACAUUAUGCUUUCCCUGAUUGUCUCCGAUGUACGUGUAAUGAAGAUGGUACUACGGAUGACGUAUGCGAUCAAAACACCGCUCAAUGUUUCUGCAAGAAACAUGUCAGGGGUCAGGACUGCAGCAUCUGUAAAGAAGAAUACUUCAACCUUCAAUCAGACAACCCUGACGGAUGCACAAAGUGUUAUUGUUUCGGAAAAACAACCAGAUGCAGUAGCUCAUAUUUAUCAUGGGCUGAGAUAAACGGCAUGAGUGAUUGGUAUCUAGUAAAUAUUGAAACUAGCCGAACGUUGAAUAUCUUCCCCUUGACUAUUAGUCCAAAUGUAUUGAACGAUUCUGUAAUAGGAGCCGAUCUUGCAAGCAAUGAAGAUGGUUUGCAAAAAGUUGUAUAUUUUGGUGCGCCUAAUUACUAUUUAGGUAAACGUCUGACGUCUUAUGGGGGAUAUCUUACCUACUCCAUUUUCUAUACAACACGUGAGAACGGACAUGCCAUAGCUGCGCCUGACGUCAUUAUUGAAGGAUCCAAUGGGUUUAUUGUACACAAUAGUAUAGAACAACCGCCAUCUGUCGAAAACUGGGUACACAGUGUUAGAAUAUCGGAAAAUGAAUUCACUAACCUGGACGGAUCUCCAAUUUCAAGAGACCAGUUUAUGAAUGUUUUGGUUAAUAUCACCAAUAUUUAUAUUAGAGCUACAUAUUGGCAUGAAGCUGUAACAACCAGAUUAAUGGGAGUCACAUUGGAUAUUGGAGAAGAGGAAUAUAACGCCCUGCCGGAUAGAAGAGCUUUGUCGAUAGAAGAAUGCCAGUGCCCGAAGGCAUACAGAGGCCUCUCUUGUGAGCAGUGCGCUGAAGGGCACUACAGAGUUAGCUCUGGACCUCAUGCAGGAUUUUGUGUACCAUGCCAGUGCAAUGGACACUCAAAGGAGUGUGAUGUCAAUACUGGAAUAUGUUUGGGUUGUACCGACAACACUGAGGGUGAUCACUGUGAACAGUGUAUAUCUGGGUAUCACGGCGAUGCAACGAUCGGGACUCCUAGAGACUGUCUAAUUUGCGCUUGUCCCAUACCAAAUGCCUCCAAUAAUUUCGCUUAUGGUUGCGAUUUAAGUGAUAACGGAUCGCUUAUAUCGUGUAUCUGUAAACCGGGUUAUGGAGGAGCGAGAUGCGAAUACUGUGCUGCAGGAUAUUAUGGCGUUCCUGAGCAAAUUGGUGACUAUUGCAAGCCUUGUAACUGUUCCGGGAACAUAAACACCGAAGAUCCUGGUUCCUGUGACAGUAUUACAGGAAACUGCCUUAAAUGCGUUAACAACACUGCUGGAGCUGCAUGCAAUUUAUGUGCACCUGGCUUCUUUGGUGACGCAAUCUUCUCCAAAAACUGUACAGCCUGUGUCUGUGAUGAUUACGGCAUGGAACGAUGCGAUCCGACCACCGGUACUUGCGUCUGUCGUCCCGGAGUGAUCGGCGAGAUGUGUGACCAGUGUCUGCCUGAUUAUUGGGGUUUAAAGACCGGCCAGGGGUGCAAAGCCUGUAACUGUGGUAUUGCUUCGGAAUCCACACAGUGUGAUGAUAAUACCGGGAAAUGCAGAUGCGCAAAAGGAGUGACUGGAAUACACUGUGAUCAAUGUGCAGCUGGUUACUGGAACUACACAAAGAAAGGAUGCGACCGUUGUAACUGUAACAAGGGAUACUCGAUUGGAUUCAUGUGCAAUGCUACUGGACAGUGCGAAUGUCUACCUGGCGUCAUUGGAGAAAAAUGUGAUCGUUGUCCAGACAGAUGGGUAUUAAUCCCUCAAGAGGGCUGUUUAGAAUGUGACUCAUGUACGGAUGCUCUAAUCUUUACGGUUGAAGACUUGAGGGAUCUGUUGAGUAACGAAACAUUUGAUUUCAAGGAUAAAGCAGAUUCGUUCUUUACUACACAACGACUAAAUUAUAUAUCAAAUCAAACUGAUCUUUUAAAACCCAAAGUUGCAGAACUAAGGAAUGUAGAAUUAAGCGAAGUUACCUCAGCUGUAAAAGCUCUUGAAACCAAUGCGAAAAACCUUCUUCGAUCGGCUGAAUUCGCAGCAACGGAUAGCGAUAAACAAAUUUUAAGAGCUGCAGAUUUGACUAAUACUGCCGAGAACGUUCUAGCUUCUGUAAGAGAGAAUAGCGACAAAGCCAAGGAAAUUGUAUCCCAUGUAUCAGAACUAGCGACUGGCCUGGAAUUAAGUCAACAACCCAAAAUAGACAGCGCAUUAUCAGAAGCCAGGCAAAUUAAGAGCGAUAUUGCUGAAAAAAAUUUGAAAUCUAAGGAGGUACAAGCUGUCAAUGCCUACACAAAUGCUUCCCAACAAGUGGAACGAAUGAAUAUUUUCGUACAGCCAGUAAACGAGCAAGUUAAGAAAUUCGAAUCGUUGAUUAACGAAACUCGUAAGCUGAAAUCUAAGUUGCAAGAAAUGCUCGAAUACACCGAUUUGGCUGGGCACAUUGCUUCGGAAGCAGAAAAUCUAAAUGCAAAUAACAGAAAGGCGAAAUUCGAGAACAAAGUUUCAUCUGUAACAAAAUUAAAUAGUGCAGCCAUGAAAGAUUUAAUUGACUCUGCAUUUGAUAUCAGCAAUGCAACUUUAUUCACUGGUAAAACAAAGGAAAAAGCGAGAAACAUGAGCCUUGCCUUAGAAGAUAUCCAAAAUACUAACGCAAAUAUGAACGACUCUAUAGAAACAAUUAUAAAAUCGUUGCCUGAGCUAACCAAUUUGACGAAUGAGGCAUUAAAUCAUGCUAGGAAUUUGCGAAACAGAGGGGAAAGCUUGAGAAAUUUAGCGGACCGAGAAAAUAAUAAUUCACGUAUCCAACAUGCGUACAGCGCAGGUUCUGCCUAUUCCUCUAUAGUUCAAGAAAUUUCGGAGGCUAAAAAUGCCAGCGAAGAAGCUGAAACUGCUGUUAUAGACAUCACUGACGUUAAUAACAGAUUAAAGAACACAGUUGAGCCAGCACGAGCACGUUCUCUCGCUCUUUCGAAAGCAGCCUUAAAAGCUCUUGAAAUUGUAGAGCAACAAUUAAAACCAAACCUUACUUUAGCUGACGAAGCGCUCACAAAUGCAUCUUCAACUUUUGGCUAUGCAGAUGAUGAGAAUAAUGCUAUACAAUUGUCUCUUCCACUUUCCCCGCAAGUAACAUUAGAAAGUGAAACAAAUAAGGCAGAUAAAGUAGCUAAAAUUGUGAACUCUACAAUGGAUACUAUGUCUAAUCUGUCAAACGAACUUUCAAAUAGCAAAGAAUGGGCGCAAACUCUACCAAAAUUGGCUGAUGAUGCACAAAAAAUGACUUCUAAUGUUGAAAGUUUGAUAACAGAUAUUCGAAAUAUGGAUCCGAUAGUCCAGUCAAAAUUAGAAAAUGUUCAAAUUAAACAAUCGGAAUUAGAAUAUCGACGCAAAGAUGCUGAAGAAAAGAUACAGAAACUUAGAGAAUUAAUUGAACAGGCACGUACUGUAGCAAACCGUAUACAAGUGGGAGUGACUUUCGAUCGACAUUCAACACUUCAGCCUCGCUUACCCGACACUAUAGAUGAAAUGUCAACUUCAACACAUGUAUCUGCUUACUUCCGCACUAAAGAAAAGGAUGGCUUUAUUCUAUAUCUCGGAAAUCCAAAAGACACUAUGCUGAGAAGAACUAAAUCCGACGACUUCAUGGUAGUUGGUAUACAAAAUGGCUAUCCAUAUCUAAUUAUGGACAUAGGUGAUAGCGCCGAAUCUGGCCGGGAACCAGCUAGAAUAAGCAGUGACAAGUUUGUAGCUGAUAACCGAUGGUACCAAGUUAUUGUUGACAGAGUCGGGCGCAACGUUAAACUAUCAAUUCGUGAAAGUCUUGACAACGGGUCGGAAAAAACAUACGACAAAGAUGCUGUUUUGCCAGGACAACAUACUAUAUUCAACCUGGACCGGGAGAAAUCGAAAUUGUAUGUCGGUGGCGUUCCGUCAAACGCGAAACUGCAGAGCAUAAACUUCCCAGCUUUUGAGGGUCAAAUUGAAGAACUCAUGAUAGGCGAUACUCCUGUAGGAUUGUGGAACUCUGUUAGCGCUGCCAAUUUGAAGGGAGCAAGGCAAAGGGAUAAAUUGAUAACGUCUCAGUCUGGUCCUCAAGAAUACAGAUUUAACGGACGUUCUCAUGUAACGAUGCCAGGCCGAGGGUACAUAGGACCACAGAAAAAUCAAGUGUUACUAUUCUUCAGGACAUACGCUCCUGACGGACUUAUCUAUGUUGUAGGAGAAGACAAGCAUUUCUUUUCAUUACAAAUGCAAGAUGGUCACGUAUACUUACAGGUUUCGCUUGGCGAUCCGAGCAACAUGGUUAUCCUGGGUACUCUAAAGACUUAUAACGAUGGCAAGUGGCAUAAACUUGACGCCGGAAGAUAUUCAACUUCGUGUUCCCUUCGAGUAGACAAUGAAAUCGUAAAGAAAGUGGCAAUUUCAGCCGAUAAGGAAAUACUUGCACUUGACACGAUGAACUUCGGUGGCAAUAACAAGGGAAUCAUACAAGUAACAACUAAAGGUUUUGAUGGAUGUCUAAGACAAAUCAGCAUUGAUGGCAUAAACAUUGAUUUGAGCGAAAAUAUAGAAUCAGUUGGAAUUGCUUACAGUUGCCAGUUUGCAUCAUUAGUCUCUCUAUCUGGUGACAAUAGUUACUUAUGGUACAAGGACAUAACAACUGAACACCUUCAGUUGACUCUAAAGUUCAAGACCUCGGAUCCUGACGGUCUACUCUUUAUUUACAUCAGUCGAACACAGACGACAACUAUGCCUGACGGCAUCUCACUGUCGCUUAAAAAAGGAAAACUAGUACUUAUGAGUCAACGUGAAGUGCUAGAUACAGGCCUUAAUACAUACAAUGAUUCUCAAUGGCACGUGGUGUCUGUAACUCACAACAACAAAGCUUUACGGCUCGUGGUAGAUGACUUCGAUUACUUUAGUACGGAUUCGCCGCCGGCACCGUUGCAUAUAUUGGAUGGUGUCCUUUUCAUUGGAGGAGUGAAGGCUAACUACGUAGUCGGAGGCAAGGUGGGCUCCAAAGCCGCGUUCAAGGGAUGUAUAGCAGACGCCAGCAUCAACGGACGAGUUCUCAACCUCCUGGAGCCAUUCAGCAACCACAGUGUCACUUUUGGCAGAUGCGGCAAAAUAACUACCACUGGCGGCGCACCACCAGAUCAAACACUAUGGCCAGUACAAACUGGUGAUGUUCUACCAACUCCCAAAAUAAUCUCAGAACAAGAAGGAACUACACAAACAGAGUCCCCAUUGGAACCUCCAGAGAGGCCUAUAACAGAGCCACCGACAGCCGCACCGCCUAUCACCACCACUGUUCUCUCCUCAACAAGGACUCCGAUCAUACCCACAACCACAAGAAGAUCGAUUCUCAUUACCAAUAAAAUGCCACCGCAACCUGAAACUGGAUGCGCAUUGGCGUAUGAUCCGCAAUAUACAAUCGGCGAUCCCGAAGAGGGUUACAGAUUCGGUACAAGGAAUGACAGUCGGAUAGAAUACGCAAAGUUACCUGGCCGGCAACUAGACGGUUUCGAUCUCACCAUCACAUUCCGCACCUUCGAUCAACACGGAGGGCUCAUGUUCUACGCGGCAGCUGAGAGAGCACCCGGUCAAUUUUUAGCUCUUUAUAUGAAAGAAGCAAAACUCCACUUCUCAUUCAACUGCGGUGGCGCGACCGGAGAAGUGGUAUCUACUGGUACAUACAAUGACACCGAGUGGCACACAGUGACGUUGGUCCGGAAUGGUGGUCACGGCAAGCUUACCAUUGUGAAUGAGUGGAUUGGCGAAGCGAGCGUUACGUGCAAUACGCCUGCAGUUCUCACGGCGCCUUUCUAUUACGGCGGCCUGAGAAAUGUGUCUAACAGCAUCGGACGUAAUCUCAGAAACUUUUACCAGCCAUUUAAGGGAUGCCUCAAGGGCCUUAUGAUGAAUGCGCAGUACGUUACCGAUAUUCUUCUGAGGAGCAAUUCCCUUCGUUGCACAGACAACGUGGAAGACGGAGUUUACUUCGGCCCUUCGAACAACGGUCAUAGCAAUUAUUUGAAACUCCUGGAAAACUUCAGAAUUGGGUAUGAAAUCUCAAUAUCAAUGGAAGUGAAACCGCGGAAUUCUACGGGUCUUUUGUUGAGUGUACAUGGAAGGAAAGACUACAUGGUCUUAGAGCUGAUGGAAAACGAAGUUGUGGCCAAUGUGGAGAAUGGAAGGGGAAAUUUCAGUGCCAGCUACAAGUUAGGUAGCAAAUUCUCCCUCUGCGAUGGCAAUUGGCAUAAAAUACACGCGGUCAAGUCCCACCACGUGGUAUCAGUUGGUGUCGACGGACAUUUCUCCGAUCCCGGCCUGGGCGUAUCGGGUUCGACGGAUACUCGGUCUGCAAUUUACAUCGGUGGCCACGAACGACCGAUAAACAGAGUGCGCGGAGUCCGAUCCAAGCGGGGAUUCACCGGCUGCAUCAGAAACAUUACCAUAAAAGACACCCCAGUACAAAUACCGUUGAGUGCAGCAGGCAGAAAUACUAAUAUUGGAGUUUGCCCCAGCGAUUAAAUAAUAAAAGUAUAUGUAUCAGUUUCGGCCUUAAUUAAUUAGUAACGGCCUAAUAAUCAAUCCUAUCUCUAAACUAUAUAUAGGCUACUAAGCACCUUGUUAUUUCUCAAAAAAACCGGCCAAGUCGGCCAAAGGAUUCGUACCAUCUUACAAAAAAUACCUAAGCCUUUAAUAUUUUUUCACGAACUCACAAAUUUCGGAUUUUUCUCUUUACUUGUGCUAUUUAAGACAUUACUGCCUGCCAAAUUUCAUGAUUCUAGGUCAAAGGGAAGUACCUUCUAGGAUUUGAUUCCAUUGACAGGACUUAACAGACAGACAGACAGACGGGAUGCUAAAAAUUGGUCUUUUUUGGCAAUUUUAACAAUGUCGCUAAGUAAGUCGUCUAUAGAUUACUGAUAGAUGAUUAUAUUUAUUUAUUAAUUUUGGAUGUUAAUCAUUGCCCCUAGUAUGAGUUUGCAAUAAAUCUCUAAUGUUUUCAGUGUGUUUUGAAUUUUUAUUUCAAGUAGACAUUUUGAUCAGUUCUGUUGAGCGAACUGACGGAAUUUUCCCUCACUAGUUGUGUGACUAAAAUAACAUUCAAGAACUACAGGGAUUUUAAAAAAUUCUUCGCCUGUUUUUUCGCUCACGGCCUUCUGGAUGAUCUGUUACUAUCCCGUAGCCUGAGCCAUGGUGUUUUUAAAUUCAAAGUGGUGCUCGCCGCUCUUAAAAUUUUAAAGUAUAGGAAAAUAUAAAGGAGCGUUCUUAAAUGCGCGGUUUGACCCACGGUUGGCUUUUAGGCCGCGACCGGAAUAACUCGCACAGAACUUUUCAGAAAAAUCAUACAAAGUAAGAAAAAAUCCCAGUAGUUCUAGAUACCGUGUUUGAAUCACAGAACUAGUGAGAAAAGAAAAAUUCAAUAGUUCGGUCAACAAAACUACCGAGAAUAAACAGCUUUGAAUUAGUAAAUUCGACUGCAUUGUACCUACAAGACGAUUAUUAUUUUUAUAAUCGAUAACACUUCGUACUAAGGGUACAGAUAUUUAGUAAUGGGCUUUGCCGUCAAUAUGGCUUUGUACCAGAAGUUCAAAAGUUAAAUUACGAGACGCAAGCCUUUUCAUUCACUUUAUAGACCUAAAUUGAAUUUUUACUGAUUUGUCUCUUUCAAAAAUGAAAUUACUUAAAACAAACUUUUGUAAUGUAAACUCUCAAAAUUUUAUAUUUGUAAAUCUGUAUUCGAAAUAUAUGUACUUCAGUGAUUGGACUA